GCGGCGCCGGGCGGCUCUGGCGGCGGGACAGCGUGCCGGCAAGCCUGGGACCCUCGCUGACCUGUGCGCUCGGCCAGCAUGUCCGGCGAGCGGACACAAAGCGUCAUCAAGAGGAUAAUCCGCCAGGUCGGCCUGGAGUGCGCUGCCCAGGGACAAAGCCUCUCGGAAACCUUGGUGGCCUUCAUGGUGAAAGCUAUUGUUUUAGAUCCAAGAAAUGACUUCAGUAUGGAUCGAAUCAUUACAGAAAAUGAUACGCAGGAUCUUAUCCAGCUCUGUGUUACCAGACUGCUUGACACAACAAACCCAUCCCUAAGCACAAUUAAGAUGCAAGUUUACUUUGAUAUGAACUAUGCAAACCGAGAUGAAUUACUGAGUGAGCAGGAGCGUGUUCUGGAAGGAAAACUGGCUCCUUUGGUUAGAGAUAUCACAGAGAGUGAUCCACAUGCACAAGAGGACAUGGAGAAUGUGUAUCAAAAGAUCAUUACCUAUACACUGCUGAGAUCUGGCCUGGGAUCCCCAGCAGAUAUUGAGGCUGUCAGGGAGGUAACAGCUGCCUUGCAGAGUGUAUUGCCCCAGACAGAGAUGAUUACUUUCAUCUCACUCAGUAAGAAGGACAAAGAACAGCAGCUGAAAGAUCUUGCCAUGCUAGUCUCAGGAAUUCGUUUGUACAACAAGCAGUGCCAGAAAGGAGGAAGCAGCAUUGAUGACUUGCCAGACAUCCUGAAUGAAACCAUUCUGUCGGCUACACGGACUCUUGAUGAACGUCUGAAUUCCUGCCAGCUGCUAGCCUACCGCUACACAGCCCUGCUGGAAUCCAUGCAGGAAGACCCCCACAGACACUCCCAGCUUCAUUCUUUGAAGUUAAAAGAAGCACUAUUCAAUGUGAGACAGUAUGAAGCCUUCCUUUGCAUCCUUCAGUCCAAUACAAUUACAAGUGCUCAAGAAGUUGAAUCAUUGAAUGUUCAGUUUGAAGCAGCAAUGAUGGUAUUGAAAAACACAGUGGUGGAUAAGACUUCCAUAGAAUCCGAAGAAGUUUUUCCUCUGUUUAGGGAACUUUCUAAGCUUUGGACCAGCUUUCAGGAUGAAAUGCUACUGCUACGCUUCCUCACAAAUAUGGCUAACGAUCUGCAACAAUUCGUGGAAGUCCAGUCACAGCUUUUUCCAGAGGAAAUGCUAACAUCUCUUCUGGAAGGAGUGACUGUGAAAAGUGAUAAGGAAAGGAUAAAAGAAACCAUGGGAACCAAAGUGAAUGCUUCUGAUUUCAAGAACCAAGAAUGGCUUUUUCCAGAGACUACUGAUAAUUUUGAUCAAUUGCUAAUCCAGUACCAUGGUUUCUGUGCACAUUCAAUUGGUGUGAAAGGUAUCACCCUACGAGGAAAUCCUGCUAUUGGAAUUUUGAAGCACAAGGAGAAAUAUUAUGUUUUCAGUUCAAAAGAAGCCGCAUACCUCUUUGCUCAAGAUCCAGAUAAGUUCAUCCAAUUGAAUGUAGAAAAAGCAAAAAAAUAUGCAGAGCUAAUUCAACUGCUUGAGCUCCGUCAUCAGUUUGAAUACCUUGUUCCACAUGCACAGGCCAGAAAUGCAAACAGAGGUUCACUGAAACCACCCCCAAAAUGUGACAGUGGUACUCAAACUGAUACUCAUAUCUUGCCUCCAACUAUUGUGACAUCCUAUGAAUGGAAUGAAUGGGAACUGAGAAGAAAAGCUAUAAAAUUGGCCAACUUGCGCCGCAAGUUAACUCAUUCCAUGCAGACUGAUCUCAGCCACAUGAGAAGAGAGAACUCCACCCAAGUGUACUUGCCAAAGGAUGCUGGCACCCAGACUAAGCGGGACAACUCAAGCAAUGUACCCAAACCCCAGAUUUUCUUGAAAGGUCUCCGAGGAGGACCAUCUCCCACUACUCAUAUGGUCACAGUAGACUUAACAAGACCACUGGAUGAAACCUAAGUGAAAAUGAGAAACAUGAAGGCACAUCUUGAAUGUGUAUAUAAAAAAAUCCCGUAAUAUAUCUGAUUUUAGACACUGAAGAUUUUGCUGUGUCUGUUGAUUCCAGGAACAGUUGGUCCAUUUCAUUUAUCUUAUCUGUUGGGGCUGCUGACUGGCAUUAAAUGACAGAAGUGAUAAGCCUGAAGCACGAUUUUAAAUAGCAGUUUAGAAUCAAGAUGUUCCCAAGGACUUUCACUUUUAACAUUUAAAUGCAUAGCAUUCUGGGAUUUUACUGAAGUUUUAAUACAACAAUUGCUUGUUGAAAUACUGUCUUUAAAUGAAAGAACUUACCCCAGGAGAGUCACUCGAAUGUCACAGCUCCAGCCUUAUGGCAAAAUUGUCAAGAAGACAAAACCAACAAAAUGAAACCAGUCUGGGUCCUUGGGCCUGUCCAUUGUCCUGGCCUUAACCAAACCUAAUGAAUGUAGACCAAGUUUGGGAGGUAGAGAAGAGGGCAUCUAUCUUGGGUGGUUCUGGCACCCUUUUGGGUCUCUAGCAAUUUCUUGGCUAAACAGUGUAUUGGUGAGCACACUGCAAAUCACAGGAACUUGACUUCAGGGGAUUUUUUUGAAAGCUCUAUUUUGCAUGUAUGUGCUAAAACUAAAGCACAACAAAGAAAAAGUUUUUGCUUUAUGUCAUUGUCGCAAAGAAAUAUGUGCCAGGUCUGAUCAAUGCGCCUGCAGAUAGUAUUUCUAUUUGUGAAAACCCAAAUUAUUUGAGCUUCAGAAUAAAACAUUUUCCCAAAUGGAAAAAGGGGUACUUUAUUGUCAUGAAAAGAAUAUCUGUUUUAAAUACUUCCUCAAGCUGCUGUCCAGGUGCCCAACUGUGAUUGCAUAGGGCAUGCUAAGGUUUCUAAGUCUUUUUUGUGACAAUGAAGCUCAAAGAUUGAAGCUGUUGAGUGAUUUUUCUGUGGCGUUGUGCAGGAUAGCAUUCUUUUGUUGUUUUCCAAGGUAUCUGUCUUCACUUUUAAAAGUUACACAACAGGGACAAAUCCCCAGAGCAUUAUUAAAAAAACAAAGGAGCGUGAGGGGAGCACUAAGAAAGAACUUUGCUAACUAGUUUUUGACUACGUGAUUUUCUCUGUUGGGAAAAUAAACUAAUCAGCAGCAGCUAGAUGUGCUUCUCCUCCAUGUUUUUAAAUUAU